UGCCGGAAAUGGGGUGUGGGACUAGUUGUUGUGGGAGCGGAGGCUCCUCUUGUUGCUGGUCUUUCCAAUGAACUUGUAAAAGCUGGAAUUCCUACUUUCGGCCCUUCAUCAGAAGCUGCUGCUUUGGAAGGUUCUAAGAACUUCAUGAAGAAUUUGUGUGACAAAUACAGGAUUCCUACCGCUAAGUAUAAAACAUUUACAGACCCAUCUGCUGCAAAGAAGUAUAUUCAAGAGCAAGGGGCACCCAUUGUCGUUAAAGCAGAUGGAUUAGCUGCUGGAAAAGGAGUCAUUGUUGCUAUGACACUGGAGGAGGCAUAUGAAGCUGUUGAUUCAAUGCUCAUUGAAAAUGUUUUUGGCACUGCUGGGUGUCGAAUUGUUGUCGAAGAGUUUCUUGAAGGGGAAGAAGCAUCCUUUUUUGCCCUUGUGGAUGGAGAGAAUGCCAUACCUCUAGAAUCUGCUCAGGACCAUAAAAGAGUUGGUGAUGGUGAUACGGGGCCAAACACUGGUGGAAUGGGGGCAUACUCUCCAGCACCGAUCUUGACGAAAGAACUUCAGUCUGUGGUCAUGGAAUCUAUAAUUCUCCCUACAGUGAAAGGAAUGUCAGCAGAGGGAUGUAAGUUUGUCGGUGUCUUAUAUGCUGGGCUUAUGAUUGAGAAGAAGUCUGGCUUACCUAAGCUAAUUGAGUACAAUGUGCGAUUCGGAGAUCCAGAGUGUCAGGUAUUGAUGGUCCGCUUGGAGUCCGAUCUGGCACAAGUUCUGCUUGCAGCAUGUAGAGGAGAGCUAACUGGUGUGACGCUAAACUGGUCUCCAGGCUCUGCCAUGGUGGUCGUAAUGGCAAGCAAGGGUUACCCAGGAUCCUACGAGAAAGGCACCGUGAUACGAAAUCUUGAAGAAGCAGAACAAGUUGCUCCAUCUGUCAAGAUAUUCCAUGCUGGAACUGCACUUGAUUCUGAUGGCAACUUCAUUGCCACUGGAGGCCGUGUUCUUGGGGUUACUGCAAAAGGAAAAGAUCUUGAAGAAGCACGAGAUAGAGCUUAUCAGGCUGUAGAGGAAAUUAACUGGCCAGGAGGGUUCUACAGGCGAGAUAUCGGAUGGAGAGCACUUCCCCAAAAGCAAUUUGCCUCACAAGGGUAAAUUUAUGUCCAGAAACUAGGGGUGGCUCAUUUGAGGACACAGAUAUCAUUCAAUGUCAAACAGUUUAUAGAGUUACCAAAAUAAUGUAUUAAAAAAGCUUUCCGAGUUAAGCAAAAUUCUGUUAAGUUGAAAUCAAAACCUCAGCAAAUUUGGUCUAUAGUGUUCAUUUCAUGCUGCUGCUCUUCAUUAAAGACAUUUUGUUCAACAUUAGCUUCAGAUUGCUUCUCUCGUCUAUGUUUCUCUGUUUAUCGAAAGCUAAAAUAGCAAAAUUGAGGCUGUAUAGGUUGUAUCAGCUCUGAAGAGGCCAUUUAUUGUUCAUCAAAUAAAGUAAUUAGUUCAUUUUCGUUGACAA